AUGACCUCCCCGCGUUUGGAGAUGCCGCCGCCACCUCCCGAAGCGCCGCAGUCGGCACGGGAGAAUCGGGACCGGGCGCCGCGGCAGCGGCUGCAGGACGCGGAAGCCGCGGAAGCGGAUGCGCUGGAUGAGAAAAUGGCCAAGACUACCCAGUCGUGCUUCGCCCAUGCCCGUGCCGAGGCGGUGGCUCGCUUGGCCACUCCCAAGGAGCCGGGUGCAAGCGAGAGGACUCAGAGGCGCGCAUUGAGCCGUGAAUACGCUGCCUACGCCCUUGGGGCCGCAGUUGUUACGUUGAGUUCCAGUAAGGUCCAAAGUUGGUGGGCCAAUGACCCAGCAGGUAUUUAA